ACCUGCCGAGGUGCUGGAAGAGGAGGGGGAACGAAAUGAAGAGAAAGAGGACCGGGGUGUACAGUUCAGUGGCAUUAAGUACAUUCACAUUAUUGUCCAAAUAUCAUCAACAUCCAGAACAUCUUCAUUUUUGUGAACUGAAACUCUGUAUGCAUUCAAUAAAAAUUCCCAUUCCUUCCUGCCUCCAGACUCUGGCAACCACCAUUCUACCCUAUGAAUUUGACUGCUUUAGUUACCUCAUCAGCUGCUGCUUGGGAAGGGUCCGCCCACUGCAGCUCUCUGCAGUCUCUAGCUCGCUCUUCCAAGACUGACCAUCGCCACUCUUUGCACUCAAGCCCUGGCUACGGUUGCC